AUGUCGGCUGCUGCGUGCACGGCCGUGCUAAAGCAGGAGUUUCCGUCCAUCGAUGGCGAGCUGCUCUCGUACGUGGAAACCGUGUUGCAGAGCAGCGCGGACGAGUUCGAGAACGGUGAGGAGGUGUACGAGGCGGUCGGAGAAAUCCUCCACGAGGUUUCGAGGGACAAGUCCGAGGACGAUGUGCGAGAGAUCUGCGACAAAUUCCUCCGGCUACUGAAACCCGGCAACGGGACCACGGACGCCUAUGGCGAGGGUGAUGGUGGUGGGGGCGGUGGAGGACCGAAACAUAAGAAAAUUCUGUCCGCCCCGAUCAACCUGGGCGAGAUGGCUGCCACCCAAGGUAACGCGAACGAGGACAUACAGAGCAUUUGGGUGGUGCAACGAGACGACAGCUUGAAAGUGGACAGCAGAAAGCUAGAGAAAGCUGAAGCCAAACGCCAGCAAAAGCUGGAGAAACGACAGGAGGUUAAGGCGGCCGCAGCAGCAACGGCGGCUACUGUUCCGGUCCUACAAACGGCCACCGCCUCACAAGUCAUCAGUAAAAAGGACAACAAAAUGGAAUCGAAGGGCACGAACCGGUCAAUGGACAUACGCAUUGACAACUUUGAUGUUUCAUUCGGUGACAAAACGUUGCUGCAGAACGCCGAUUUGCUGCUGGCGGCUGGCCGGAGGUACGGAUUCGUUGGACGCAACGGUCUCGGCAAAACGACACUGCUGAAGAUGAUCUCGGGCAAGCAGCUGCAGAUCCCGAGCCACAUAUCGGUGCUGCACGUCGAGCAGGAGGUUGUUGGAGACGAUACGACCGCGCUCGACAGCGUCCUAGAGGUGGACACGGUCCGUACGGACCUUUUGCAAAGGGAGCGCGAACUGAACCAGCUCGUAGCGGCCGGAUCGGCUGAUGCGAACCUUGGCAACGAGCUGACGGAAGUGUACAAUCAGCUGCAAACGAUCGAAGCGGACAAAGCACCCGCCCGUGCCUCCAUCAUCCUGAAUGGGUUGGGUUUCACGAAGGAAAUGCAAGCACGAGCAACACGUACCUUCUCCGGUGGAUGGCGAAUGCGACUUGCACUAGCGCGGGCCCUCUUCUCCAAGCCCGAUCUGUUGUUGCUCGAUGAACCGACGAACAUGUUGGACAUAAAGGCGAUCAUCUGGCUGGAGAAUUAUCUGCAAAACUGGCCCACAACGCUGCUGGUGGUAUCUCACGACCGGAACUUCCUCGAUACCGUACCGACCGACAUACUGUACCUGCACUCCAUGCGGAUUGAAACGUUCAAGGGCAACUAUGAGCAGUUCGACAAAACGCGCACCGAGCGGCAUAAGGCACAACGGCGGGAGUACGAGGCGCAGCUUGCGCAUCGGAACCACGUGCAGGAGUUUAUCGAUCGGUUCCGAUACAACGCCAAUCGUGCCGCUAGCGUGCAAUCAAAGAUCAAAAUGCUGGAAAAGCUGCCCGAGCUGAAACCGGUAGAAAAGGAGAUUGAAGUAACGCUCAAGUUCCCCGAGGUGGAACCGCUAAAUCCGCCGGUGCUGACGUUAAAUGAAGUGCAAUUCAAAUACAGCGCGGACAAGGUGAUAUUCACCAGCGUUAACCUAGGCGCUAACCUAGACUCGAGGAUAUGUAUCGUCGGUGAAAACGGCGCUGGUAAGACGACUCUGCUGAAGAUUGUCGUUGGAUUGCUGCAGCCAAGCGGUGGACUGCUCCAUCUUCAUCGUGGCCUUCGUCUCGGGUACUUCUCGCAGCAUCACGUCGACCAGCUCGACAUGACCGUGAACUGCGUGGAGCUGCUGCAGAAUGCGUACCCAGGAAAACCGAUCGAGGAGUACCGUCGGGUGCUCGGAAGUUUCGGAGUGUCCGGAGAUCUUGCGCUGCAGGUCGUCGCUAGUCUUUCUGGUGGGCAGAAAUCGCGUGUCGCAUUCGCGAAGAUGUGCAUGGGAAGACCGAAUUUCCUUGUGCUUGAUGAACCUACGAACCAUCUCGAUAUCGAAACGAUUGAAGCACUCGGCAAAGCCAUCAAUAAGUACAGCGGUGGCGUAAUUUUGGUAUCCCACGACGAGCGACUAAUUCGCAUGAUCUGUAAGGAGUUGUGGGUUUGUGGCGAAGGUACAGUCAGGAGCAUCGAGGGCGGAUUCGAUGAGUAUCGCAAAAUUAUCGAACGUGAGCUGGAAGCCGUCGCCGGAUAAAGUUAAAGAAAGCCAGGACUAUCGUUUACACUCCCUUCCGCACCAAGAUGUUACAUAUAUUACCCUUCCGAAAUCCCUUCAUUCGUAUAAAAGAACAAAUUACAAUCCUAUGCGAGGUUAACGUUUGCAUAGCAAACGAUUUUGGCUCUCGCUUUGAACCAGAGAGCGAAAAAAACCGAUGUCAAGUUCCGGCAUCGAUUUUUUGGUGGUUUUCGUAGUAAAUAAUUAGUGCUUUUUUCAAAUUCAAACCAUCCGGAACGGACUCGCUCGGCCUACUGAGGUGUAUUACUAUGUUGAAUCGCGC